AUGGCAUUUACAGCCGACGAGACUGCCACCGUCACCCCCAAAUACCCCAUCAUCGACUCCCACAUCCACAUCUACCCCGCAUCUGAGGUGCACACACUCGCCUGGUUCGAUCCCAACUUGCCCCUAGCCACAAACCAGCACUCCCUCGAAGAAUACACCGCCGCCACCACCUCCCCCCCCGAACUCGAGGGGUUCAUCUUCCUCGAGACCGACCGCGAGCAUGACCUCGACUCCGGCGAGGCUGAUGGCAGCGGCUGGGCCGGGCCCUUGAUGGAGGUCGACUGGAUCCGCCGCGUUACCGUUGGCGAGCCCAAGGAGGGCGAGGGCCACGACGAGAGCCAUGCCAAAUUGGUGCAGGGGUUUGUGCCAUGGGCGCCUCUGCCGAGCGGGGCGGCGGUGGUGGAGCGGUAUAUAGAGAAGGCGCGGGAGGUGGCGGGGGAGGAGGCGGGGAAGAGGAUCUCUGGGUUCCGGUAUUUGGUGCAGAGUAAGCCAAAGGGGACGAUGCUGGGGGAGGGCUUUAUUGAGGGCUUGAAGCUGCUGGGGAGGGAGAAGCUGACGUUUGAUUUGGGGGUUGAUCAGCACAAUGGGGGGGAUUGGCAGUUGGAGGAGGCAGUGGAGAUGAUUCGAUUGGCUCAUGAGGGCGUUGAUGAUGCACAGAAAGUUAGGAUUGUGAUAAACCACCUUUGCAAGCCCGACUUUUCCUUUUGCGCUCUCCCACCCGACGAACUCUAUGAGAAACCUCGCUUCCGGAAGUGGCGGGAGGCCAUAUUCGAGCUAUCCCAAGCCAAGAACACUUACAUGAAGCUCAGCGGGUGCCUGUCCGAGCUGCCGGACUCCCUGAAAACCGAAUCAGCAAACCACAUCUUCGCCGCCAUCUUGCCCUGGCUAUCGGUCAUCCUGGCGGCGUUCCGCGGGAGGCUGAUGUUCGGAAGCGAUUGGCCGGUCUGCACGGUGGGCGUUGGCGAUGAUGCGUGGAAGAAGUGGAGGGCGGUGGUGGCGGGAAUGUGUGAGAUGGGAGGCUUGGGCAUGGAGGAGCAGAUUAUGCUUUGGAGCGGGACGGCGAUCGUUGCUUAUGGGCUUAACCCAUCGAUGUGAAUUAUCUGAGAGGAGGCGCUGCCAGCCUCCCGUAGACUGUAGCUAGUUGUGCACGCUUCUGCCAAUAAAUUUUGAAAUUAGGGUAGGUCAUCCUUGCGAGGCUCGCGGGGCUUGCGGGGCUUGCUGACCCCGCCGCCGGGGUUGAUCUCCAUAGUUGUGUAAGGUCGCAGGGAACUAUCCCCUUCCUCUCCUAGCUUGUCGUUCGCCUCCUGCGCGGCAAGAACUUCACCCAGCGUUGGUCCAAAGGACCAGGGAUAAUACCUCGCCUCGGGUUGCUAAAGCCUGGUUGAUUCUGUUCUGAGUCUCUUCAUCUCCACCAGGCAGCCUCUUACCGAGCCGGCGGAGGUUUGAUGCCGACAUACGGGUUUGUAAACGCUGGCCAUUCCAUUAUCAGUAGAAGUGUGGGUGUAAAAGACGAAGAGGAUUGGUAAACGAUGGGGAAUAUGUUGGUUAUUUAUGUCUUAGCACUCGGUGACUGUAGGCCAACCAACAAUAAGCUUUCUAAAUGAAGGGAGGUC